AUGAAAUUUCGACCUGGAGUUUCUAUUCGACGACCAACCAUUCCCCACUCACCCGCUCCGCCAACGCAUUCCGGCUCCGCGAUACCUUCUACGCCAUCGAAGCUAAACGCACAUGUCACCCAAGAAUCCUCUGCUCAUGAUCAUAUAGCUGAUAGCUCGGACACCGAGGCCGGUCCAUCGAGAGGGACUAUUCCUCUUAUUAUGACUCGUAGUACUAGCGCUUCGAGGGUCAAUAUAGCUCCCGGUAUAUCUCGACCUCUCCAACCGUCAAGACCUGUGGAGCCACAGGCUGUCGCCUCCACCAGCCGGGCUACUGAAUCUUCGAAUAUUUCUGUUCCUACAGUUGUAUCAACGACUUCUGGUGAUGAUAACGAUGCUACUCAGACUUCACUACAUCUUGCAAGGCCCACUGGUUCUGAUAUAGUACCUAGCGAUCAUCUGGUAUUUCCCCACCAAGUCACCAGUAGGAAUAUCUCACUACCGACCCCUCUGUCCACGCAACUCCAACCCUCACAACGACCCUUUGAAAACCUCACUGCAGCGUUAAUACAACCUGGGUCAUCACAAACGAGCAAUAUAACCGGAAUACCAACACCUGCUAGCACACAACUCCCAAUAACAAACUUUCCUGUCGAUCCUGCCAUACUCGAGUUUACCAACCUACCCCAAGGGAACGAGCUCUUCGCUCCGCCGGGGAUGCCUCAAAUCGUGGUGGAACCUCCUCUUGAGAUUAGACCGGAACUUGCUGAUGGAACUAACCUGCUACCUGCUCCGCCCCUGCUGCCCGUCGAUCCGGACCCCGGGGAAAACGAGGAAAAUGAGCCCAGCACUGGCGAUUCUGUAACUCCCGCCAAGCCAAAACGAGGUCGUCAAGUACCGACUAAAGAGCCAAAACCACGAAAACGCCGUAAAACAGCCAAGUCGCAUGAAGGAAUAGCACAAGGGCAGGAAAACAACAUUGAGAAUGAGCAACCUGAAGGUAAACCCCGACGCAGGCGAUCAACCCAGAAAAAAGCCCGCAAAUCCGCGACCUUGGAGGAAAAAAUUGAAGUACUGGAGCAGGAAGCGGCAAAGGCUGCUGGUGUGGAGAACGCCGAACCUCUAGAUCCCACCAUGGCGACAAUGGCAUCGCUCUGUGACUCUGACAUCCCCAACGGGAGACUAAGUUCGAAAUAUCUCGAAAAGGGGAUCGCAUACGUCAAAUACGUCGAAGAGAGACGCCAGAGAAUUGUGGCACGCACAGCAGAACGGCUGAAGAACCUCCGACAGAGCGGAUUAGACGUGAGCCAGCCCCAGCCUCCUCCUUUGAAGAAGCCCGAGCCCACACCUGUGCCACCCGGGACUGAAGUGGACGAGGACGGGAACCCGACGGCCGGACCCUCGAAGCAAAGGGAACUUGGCGCUUCCCUCUCGCCUUCGCCCGAACCCGAGGCUGAGCCUGGACAGCCGGAGGAAACCUUUAUCGAAUCGGCCGCGGCGCCUCAGAUUCGAUUUGUCAAUGGCGAGAUGGUCUUGGAUGAAGACUCGCAGUUCUAUGAUCGGGCAGGGGCUACGGUUCAGGAUGAGGAUUCGAUGGUUGUUGUUGACGAGGCCGACUCGACCCGGUUCUCGAAUUCGAAUAGUUUCAUGAAAAAGGCAGGUUCUCGCGGGUCGAGGUGGACAGCGGACGAGACCGAGCUAUUUUAUUGGUGUCUAUCUGCCUUUGGCGAGGAUUACGAGAAUAUUGCGCGAUACCUUGGAAGAACCCCACUGCAAUGUAAAAACAAAACCAAGUCGGAAGAUAGACGUGGAAAUGAAAAGCGGAUCACAUUAGCCAUCAAGACGCGGAUACCCCUAGACCUUGAAGAGUUUGGGCGGAUCACCGGGCGUGAUUUUUCCGGGCCACCACCAGAGAUUCGGGCACCUGUGGUACCUCCUCGGGCCGAAAAUGAGGAACAAGAGCCGGUCCCCUCAUCAGGCAAAGCCAAGGCCACCUCGGCCACUCCAUCUACCACCCCUCGGAAGAAUCGCAAAGCCAAUUCUCAUGCCGAGGAAGAAAUCAUGACUAUGGAAGAAUACGAGCGGGAUGGGAAAGAUGAUUAA